AUGCGUCGUGUUCUCCUCACCUCGAGUCAAGUGUCCGUGCUGGCCACGGCCGCUAUGAUCCUUCUUUGCACAAGUGCUCUUUUUCUAAGCGGUUACGCUAUUCAGCAGCGCACGCUGCGGGAGUUGCGCGCCGCUAUCCGGCCGCGCGAAUCUCCCAAGGCGCAUCUACCCGAGGAAUUCAGGGAUGCGCCGGCAGAGGCGGAGUCCAAGGCAGAGGCGGAGUCGGAGCACAAGCAGCAGCGGGGGGAUGAGGAGGAGGAGGAGGAGGAGGAGGAGCAGCAGCAGCAGCAGCACAAGAAUAAGGCGCCCAUCUCGAGGGCGGAGCGCCGCAAGAUGAUUAAGGAGGAGAUUCAGAGGUUGGCCCAGUCGGAUAAGCCCGUUUAUUACCAGAGGAGGUUGUGGUGA